CCAUUUCCAUGUAUGCCAAUAAAUUUUUACAAUGAUGAUCACAAACAUUCAAAAUACAUGAGUGCAUAUUUUUCAAAUUAUCCUUCAGUUUGGUAUCAAGGUGAUUAUGUAUGGAUAAAUCCAAAUACUGGUGGUGUGGUUAUGUUAGGUCGUUCUGUUGGUACUUUAAAUCCUGGUGGUGUUAGAUUUGGUAGUGCUGAACUUUAUAAUAUUGUAGAAAAUUUUCCUGAAAUUCAAGAUAGUUUAGUGGUAGGACAAAAGGUUGGUGAUGAUGAAAGGGUUAUUUUAUUUUUAAAGAUGAGUGAUGGUGUGAAAUUUAAUGAUGAUUUAGUGUUGAGAAUUAGGUCAAAGAUUAGAAAUCAAUUGAGUCCUAGACAUGUUCCUAGUGUUAUUUUACCUAUUGGUGAUAUUCCGCAUACAGUAACUGGUAAGAAGGUUGAAAUUGCGGUAAAACGUAUAAUUUCUGGAGAAAAGGUGGUUCCUUCGAGUUCUCUAGUAAAUCCUGAAAGUCUUGAAUUGUAUUAUAAUAUUCCUCA